AUGGAAGCAAAGGUUGACGUCCACCAUCACUACCUCCCCGAAGACAUUGUCGCGGCACUCGCCCGAUCGCUCAUCGGACAGAAGACCACAAAUGGGCCGCCGAUUCCGCGCUGGUCACCUGCCACCAGCAGCCAGUACAUGGGCACCGUUGGCGCAAGCACCGCCAUCCUCUCUUUUCCAUUGACCUUCGCCUUUGAGGGCGAGGCAGGCCGCAAGGUAGCCAGACAGGUCAACGAGUACGCAGCAGGGGUACGCGACAGCGACCCCAAGCGUUUCGGCUUCCUAGCUGCAAUCCCCUCCCUGCUCGACACCGAACACGCGCUGCUGGAAAUCCGCCACGCCCUGGACCACCUCCAAGCGGACGGCGUGAUGCUGUGCGCUCGCUACGGCGACGCAUACCUCGGGCACUCCGCAUUCACGCCGAUCUGGGAAGAGCUGCACCAGCGGUCGGCGGUGGUGCUGGUGCAUCCGGGGUCCAGCUUCCUCAGCGGGCCGCGGUGCAACCAAUACGUCGACCCGACGGUCGCCGAGUUCCCGCACGAAACGACAAACACGGCGCUGGACAUGAUCAUGAACAACACGCUGCGGCUGUACCCGCGCUGCAGGGUCAUCCUGUCCCACGCCGGCGGCACGCUGCCCUUCCUGCCGGCGAGCGAGAUCCUCGAGGACUUUACGGCGUUCUACUUUGACUUGGCGCUGUCGAGUUCGGCCUACACGUUGGACUUGCUGCUGAAGCAUGUUCCCCGGGAUCACAUCCUGUGCGGGAGUGACUUCCCCUUUGCGCCGCCGCCAGCAACCGCGGCUCUUGCGAAGGAAUUGGACGAGUAUCCGAUGGAGGAUGAGACAAGGGCUAUGAUAUAUUGGAAGAAUGCUGCGGCACUUUUCCCGCGUCUGAGGGAACAGUGA